AUGGAUCGUCUUCUUAGAGACCAAAACCUGACCAAGCCUGUUUAUCAUGAUGUGGUCAAGUACAAGGAGAAAUGGUUCGCUAUUGAUCAAUACGGCCGAGGGGUUAUGGUGGAUUCUUCUUUGAACGUGAGUCUAGUUACAAAUCCUCUGUUUCUCCCAAACAGGAGUGGUUUCUUUUGUAACCACAAGUCAUACUUAGUAAAAUCAUCAGGGAAUGCAGAUCUAUUUCUAGUAGACCGAUACCUGGAUAAAUCAUCGGAGCAAACAAAUUACGACGUGCAACAUGCUGCGACCUCUGGUGACGAUACAAAGGCACCAGUUUACGACAUGGCAGUUAGAUUUAGAGUAUAUAAACUUGAGGAAGAGAAGCAUUGUUGGAAGGAAGUUACAAGCUUGAAUGACCAAGUCAUAUUUGUAGGGGAUGAUGCAUCUUUUUGGUCCUACAGUGUGUCUGCUAAAGAUUUUCCAGGGUGCAGAGGAAAUUUGAUUUUCUUCACAGAUCAAUUCAGGAAAGCUGAGGAUGGGGAUCUUCAUGAUUUUUGGGACGCGCUAAAACAUGAAAAAGAUUACUCACUUGGAGGAUUUCACAUGGAGAAUGCAUUUCUUGGGCCAAUGGCAUGUUUCCCAGGUUACACCGACUUUUUCUGGCCACCCCCUACCUGGCUUAACUGA